AUGAAUUGGGAAGCAGUGUGGGCUUGGCUCGUACUGCUUCGGUGGGGCUCAAGCGGUGUCUUCAUCUUCCUUGCUGAUGAAAUGGGCGUGCAUUUGGCAGUAGCUCUGGGCCGAGCGCGACGCCAUCUGUUGAGGCACCUAGCCUUAGUUGCUCGUCAAAGGCUUCCGGUUGGCCUCUCCCCAUGGCCCAUGGAGAUGGCAACUUGUCCGGUAUGUUUCACAGAGCUGCCAUUGGGCUUCUUUCCUGUGCUCCACGACCACGCAGAGGGGGCAGAUGGCCAAAACCUUUGCGAAGACUGCCUCCGAAGCCAUCUUCUUGCUCGUCUGGGUGAUGGCUUCCCGCUCACUUGCCCAGUUGUUGGUUGCGGUCGAUUGCUGCAGGAGGACUUGACCCACGUCUUCAAGCUAUACCCCGUCGAGCUUUGGGGCAUUCGUGGCGCGCAGCUUCGGCACAGUCUCAAUUCGGAGACUAACAUCUUGUGGUGCGACUGUGGCCAAGCUGUUGUUGGGCUGGAAUGCACAGAGCGGCAGGAGUGUGGCAUGCAGACGGGGUCGUUUUGGCAAGCUGCAAGUGCUUGGUGGCACUCUUCAGCAUCGGAAAUACCUGAAGGUAAGUUCCACAUGGGCAGAAGGUACACGUGCAAGAGUUGUCACGUGGACAACUGCAGGCUUUGUGGUGCAAGAUGGUCAACUCUCGGGUACAGCCAUACGAACCUUUCCUGUGAGCAGUACAGGCAGGGUUUGAAUGUGAUCACCGGGCCGGACGGAAGUGCAGAUCCAUUCGGUGGUGGAGUGAGGAAGUGUCCAAACUGCCACGUGCCAAUUUUGAAGAAUGGUGGCUGCUCGCACAUGACUUGCACCCGUUGCCGGCACGAGUUUUGCUGGCAAUGCGGUGGCGCAUGGUCAGGAAAUCACCUUUGGAGCGCCUGCGUAUCAACACGUUGGUGGGAAGCGGAUGGUAGCAGUUCCAUCCUCAUCCCAACAGUAGACUCCAGAGAGCUCCGACAUCAUAUGUGGAGUUGCAUUUUUUGA